AGAGAACGAAAUUCGAGAAUUUUCUUUGGCACAAGAAGGACAUUACAAGAAAUGCGAAUAUACAUCAGGAACAUGAUCCGAGACAUCUUCCUCUCGACUCAAAAGGGAAAGUACGAUAUACUGAUAAUCUAUCGACCUCAAGUGUGUGGACUGGAUCGGCAGCCGUCGCUAUUUCAAGUGUGUGGACUGGAAAUGGCUAAUGGAGUUGUGGAGCUUUCCCGCUCAGUUCCGAUGAGCAGUUUGUCUCCGGCUCAUUCGUGGGUGUCGACCACCGCCGUCACCGGAGGCGGCGGAAGCAAUGGCGCCGCCGCCGGUUUGGAAGAUUUUCGUUUUCCGCCUGACAUCGCUUCUAUACAAGAGCGCAAGGACGAAGCCAUGCACGUAUUGAAGGCUAACUUAAUGGCUGGACUAGAUAGGCAGGUUAAGUCUUUGGAAGGUGACAACUGGAUAUUCGAAGGUCCUCGUUCGCGUAUCAAUCUUAUAUCCAGAAGAGGUGGGCAUAUGCAGAAACAAGCUGAGACUGCAAAGAACUCAGGAUUGGCUUAACUGCCUAAAUGAGGAUCUGAAGCUAUUUUAUAACCAAUUUGUCAGCAGAACUUUCCGGAUGCAGUUCUUUCCUUAUAGAAAAUCUUAACUUUCGCCAUGUUUUCUUAAGCUUUUAUGAUAUCUAAAUUACUGUUUGAUUGGUGCUGCGGUUUUGGAACGUCUAGAAUUCCAUUUGUUUUGCCUAUCCAUUGAUUAGGACAGAGGACCAGAUCAAUGAUUGAUAGUAUCAGAUACAAAUUUAGGCGUCUUUCCCGUUUUUUUUUUUGUUUUUUUU